ACUGUCGGUGAAUUAGUAUGUACAAAAAAAAACGAAAAACCUGAUAGAUAGAUAGAGCCAGGCAGAGUUGUGGAUAAGAAUGCCGCCGGGAAGAUAUUUGGUGGCCGUGGUAAUUUCCGGCGAGUUAAUGUCUGCGGCGGCGGCGGUUUUAUGCGGCGAAGGGUCGUUGAGUUUCACUCUGGAGAGGGCAUUUCCGACGAGUCAUGGAGUGGAGAUGAGUCAACUCAGAGAGAGAGAUCGAGUCUAUCACGGCCGAAUCUUGCAGUCCUCCGGCGUCGUUGAUUUCCCCGUCGAAGGCACUUACGAUCCCUUUCUCGUUGGGUUUUACUUUACUAGGGUUCAGUUGGGUUCUCCACCGAAAGAAUUCUAUGUACAGAUUGAUAUUGGAAGGAAUGGAAGCAAUGUCUUGCGCACCCAGGCCAGAUCAGAGCUAGCUUAUGCGGUGUUCAUCCUCUCCGGCCCGAGGGAUACGCUCGGCGACAAAGUGACAAGGCUUUGGAUCCACCACUUUCAAGUAGCCAUGUGGUUGUGUGGCCACAUCAACCACAAAAACGGACAAAAACAGGAUCCACGACUUUUCCGAUUAUCUAGCCAUCUAGCCAAAGGAAAUUAA